AUGUCUGAUGAUACUAGUAAGGCGCAGCUAAAUUAUGAGACAAAUAAGUAUUUGGCCCCUAACCCGUCGCAGCAACUGCUGCAGCUCGCAUCAUUAACAAAUCAAAAUCAAAAUCAAACCCGUGAUCAAACCCGUGAUCAAUCGUUCAAUGGCCAGCCAGCUACUCCAAGAAUGCUAAGAAGUGUAAGCGGAACCUUGAGAUCAAAGUCGGAUUUGCUUCCUACUACUUCUAAUGAUACCGAAAAAUUGGACCUCAAUAAACCUGGCGAAUCCCAACAUUAUACUGCUGCAGGCGAUACAGAAACUCACAAGCGGAAACCGAGCUUUCGUUUGGAUAGUUUGGCUCAACAAAAUCCAAAUUUAAAUCCAAAUUCAAUGAGUAUGGGUGCAUACAAACCUGACGACAAGAGCAGAAGGAUAGAGACUGCAAACUCACCUCAAAAGAAAGAUCAAUUGUUGCCACCACUCGCAAUCCCAUCCCCGGCAUCAACACCAGUCGGAGUUAUGGCAAAAAUGCAUCAACAACCAUUUAAUCCUCCAGAUCAUAUGCCGGAAGGAAGCAAAAUUUCACAAACUCUGAGCCGGGAUCAGCAAUUAUCUCAAUAUCAUAUUCAACCCAGAUCAUCGCAAUCACAAAACCAGCAACCACCUACACGUCGGAAAAGUCAAACUCAACAGGGACAACAAUUUCGUCCACUGCAGCAAUUUCAGUUGAAUCCAUCAAGUUCAAGCCAGCAGCCAUCUCAAUUACAACAUUCUCUACUGUCCCUGCAUCCGCAGCAGCAACCUCAACAGCAACCUCAACAGCAACCUCAGCAGCAACCUCAACAGCAACCUCAACAACAGCAUCAACAACAGCAUCAACAACAGCAUCAGCAUCAGCAUCAACAGCAACAACAUCAGCAACAACAGUUUCAUAGAAAAUCAAUUGGAGAUUGGGACUUUGUCAAGACGAUUGGUGCCGGAUCAAUGGGUAAAGUUAAAUUGGCACAGCAUAAUACAACACGGGAAAUUUGUGCUGUCAAAAUUAUUCCACGAGCUUCUAAGCUAUACCAGCGAGCCCAUGCAAAUGAUCCGCCACCGCAAUCGACACAAGAAGCAUCACAAAGGCAUAAGGACUAUGACAAGGAGUUAGCAAGAGAUAAGCGGACAAUAAGAGAAGGAGCGCUUGGGAGAUUGUUAUUUCACCCUUUUAUUUGUCGAUUGUAUGAGAUGGUGCCAAUGACGAAUCAUUAUUAUAUGUUGUUUGAAUAUAUUGAAGGGGGGCAAAUGUUGGAUUAUAUUGUGGCACACGGUUCUUUGAAGGAAAGACAUGCAAGGAAAUUUGCCAGAGGAAUAGCAUCGGCUUUGGAUUAUUGUCAUCGAAACAAUGUUGUUCAUAGAGAUUUGAAGAUUGAGAAUAUUAUGAUUAACGAGAAGGGAGAUGUCAAGAUUAUUGAUUUUGGUUUGUCAAACCUUUACGCGCCCAGAACGUUGUUGAAAACUUAUUGUGGAUCGCUUUACUUUGCAGCUCCUGAACUAUUAAGCGCCAAGCCGUACAUUGGACCGGAAGUUGAUAUUUGGUCUUUUGGUGUGGUUCUUUAUGUGUUGGUAUGCGGUAAGGUUCCCUUUGAUGAUCAAUCGGUUUCUGUUUUGCACGAAAAGAUCAAAAAGGGAAAUGUUGAAUAUCCUAAUUUCCUUUCUCGAGAGUGUGUCUCAUUACUUGCUCGGAUGUUGGUUGUUGAUCCUGUAAAGAGGGCUUCUUUGUAUGAGAUUACUUCUCAUCCAUGGUUGAACAAAGGCUAUGACCAUAAGGUUUCAAAUUAUUUACCGCGUAGGGAGCCUUUACACUUGCCCUUAGAUCCAGAGGUUAUCAAACAAAUUGUUGCUUUUGAUUUAGGAUCAUUUCAGUCCGUUACAGAAGAUUUGACAUCAAUACUUACUAGUGUUGAAUAUCAGAUGAGUUGCGAAAAUUGGUACAAUGUGACAAAACAGGGAAAGGAGUAUGCUUCUGCACCAAACUCGAAUAUUUUGCCUGACCCUACAGGUGGUUUCCAUCCUUUGGUAUCGAUAUACUUCCUUGUUGUCGAAAUGAGAAAGAGAAAGAAGGCAAAAGAGGAUGCCAUCAGAGCACAAAUUGCUCAACAAGAGCAACAACAGAAGUUGCUUCAAGCUCAGCAACAGCAGAAACAACUCCAGCACCAGCGGCAAGAACAAGCAUAUGCUUCAUAUCCAACACCACAAGAGGAUGUUUCUUAUUAUCCACAACAACAACAACAACAACAACAAGCGACGAAAUCAAGGACUCAACAAGACGACCAGAAAGCUAUUGUUCCAUCAACUGAAGUUGCUACUCAAGUUGUCAUUGCUGGACAAUAUAGUCCAUCGAAAGAGCAAACACCAAACAUCUCUCAGCCAAAAAUCGUGGAAACAUUCAGCGAGUCUACCCCAAAAACCUUGGAUCCAAAGAGAGAUCAAAGAAAGUCAAUUUCAGGCAUUGCGUCUCGUCCUGUUAUACUUGUUCCAGAGCAAGCACAUACAUCUCCAGGACAAUCUUCGUUUAGUGCUAAUCAAACACAAGCAUCGGGAAAAAGCGACCUGUUGCUACCUACACAACAACCAACUAGUCCAAGAAGCACAACACCGAUUGAAACAUUGGAUCCUAAGAAUAUAGGAGUUGGAACGACUGGGUUCAACAAUUUAUUUAGAAAAUUGUCUUCCAAAAAGGGGGGCAGCAAGACCGGAUCAUCAACAAAAGUAUCGGCUUCUCCAAGUUAUGAAAAAGACAAUAUUCGUGUGCUGCCUCAAAGUUUCCACUUGCAAGUGGACCCAAUGGUACGUCGUGGAGUGAGUAUGAAAGUUACCGCAAAGGAAAAGGAGUCUAGUUUUAAACCAUCACCAACAAAACAGGAGAAACAAAAGGAACGCAAAGCAGGCGGAAACCAUUUCCGAACACCAUCAGCUGGAGUACCUAACAAGAAUCAUGGAUUCAUACCUGUUGAGUAUUUGCCACCGUUGCCUCAUUAUGAUCCUACCACCAACACUAUGAUUCAAGAUAGUAUAGGAGUAAAACAACAACAACAACAACAACAACAACUGCAGCAACAACAGCAACUGCAGCAACAACAACAGCAACAGCAACAACAAUCAUUGGCAGUUCUUGGACACAAGAUGCAUCCAACAGCUAGAGCAAAAUCUGUAGGUGGUAAUGUUCGGAGGGAUGCUUAUGGUCGCGCUAGAAGCAAUACAGCUAAUCAACAGUUAGGUGAAGGUUUGGGUACACAAGAAGAUGGAAAUAUGGUUGAUACACGAGACGAAUCUGACUUAAUGCUCUUUGAUGAUGUCAAAUUGGAUGACUACGAAAUCCCUGACAUUCCACAAUUGACUGAAGAGGAAGUUAUGAGACAGUAUAGCAAUGCUAAGCCAGGAACAAUGCCCUCAAUUGAGCAUUGUAAGACGUUGUUUUUAAAGGGAUUUUUCAGUGUCCAAACAACAUCUGCUAAGCCAUUGCCUGUCAUUAGAUAUAACAUUAUCAAUGUAUUGAGCAAGUUGGGAGUUAGGUUCCAGGAGGUGAAAGGUGGAUUCAUAUGUGUUCAUACACCUUCAGUUCAGCAAGAUGAUGAAGAGAACCAGAUUUUGGAUGCAUACGCACAAGAUUAUGAUGAGAAUGAAGAAGAAAAGGAGUUGUAUGGGGAUGCAUUUAGAUCGAAAUCGUCUACCUUAAAGUCGUCUUCGUUUGAUGACGAAAAGCAAACAUUGGACGUUUCUCAAGGGACAAAAACCCCAAGUCGUCAACCCUCGUUACAUUUUCAAACGGGGCAAGUAUCACCAACACCUGGUGGCAAACCUCAUAGAUCUUCUAACUCCGUUAGUGGCGGCAGCGGCGGCGGUGGUCACAGAAGGAAGAUUUCUGUUGGAAAUGCAUUCCUCAAUGCAUAUAGAAAGAAGGAUAGCUCUCAAGUUACCAUGCCUCCCAAUACACCGGCAACGCUCAAGACUGUACGUGGAUUAUACGAUGAGGAAGAUUUUGAAAAUCCUAAUAAUAAUCACGUUGGUAAUAACCUAGACUUGGAGAACGAUGCUUUUGACUAUGAUAAUUCGGCUGAAUCGUUGAGUGGGUAUGGAGGAGGUAGUGAUAUGUUGGUGUCUUCUAGAAUUGAGCACCGAGCACACCAAAGUGGAAGUCAUCAUCGUACAGCAAGCACAUCAUCGAACUAUAAACCAGCAAGUAAAUCACCUUUGAAAUUUGAGAUCCAUAUUGUCAAAGUUCCUCUUGUUGGAUUAUAUGGUGUUCAAUUUAAGAAACUUUUAGGUAAUACGUGGAACUAUAAGACGUUAGCCGGUCAAAUACUAAAUGAAAUGAAUUUAUAA